GGAUCCGUCGGCAAGUUUGCUUGCAGAAGAAUCAACUCAGCCGUUUCAGGGAAACACCUCUGCUCCCAACCCAUGGCAACGGCGACGGUGGAGGAUGCGGCGUUCGAGGACGAUCAGAUCUCUUCCAUGACCACCGAAGACAUCAUCAGGGCCUCACGCCUCCUCGAUAACGAGAUCCGCAUCCUCAAGGAUGAGAUGCAGAGGACGAAUCUCGAACUCGAGUCCUUCAAGGAAAAAAUCAAGGAGAACCAAGAGAAAAUUAAGCUCAACAAGCAGUUGCCUUACCUAGUUGGAAACAUCGUUGAGAUUUUGGAGAUGAAUCCAGAAGAAGAGGCAGAGGAAGAUGGUGCAAAUAUUGAUCUUGAUUCUCAAAGAAAGGGAAAAUGUGUUGUAUUAAAAACUUCCACCCGACAAACAAUUUUUCUCCCCGUUGUUGGGUUAGUUGAUCCUGAUAAGUUAAAGCCUGGUGAUCUUGUUGGGGUCAAUAAAGAUAGUUACUUGAUCUUGGACACUCUUCCUUCAGAAUAUGACUCACGAGUGAAGGCAAUGGAAGUUGACGAAAAACCAACAGAAGAUUAUAAUGAUAUAGGUGGUCUUGAGAAACAGAUUCAAGAACUUGUUGAAGCUAUUGUUCUGCCAAUGACACACAAAGACCGUUUCGAGAAAUUAGGAAUUCGCCCUCCUAAAGGAGUGCUUCUAUACGGACCACCUGGAACGGGUAAGACAUUGAUGGCACGAGCUUGUGCCGCACAAACAAAUGCAACUUUCUUGAAACUGGCAGGUCCUCAACUGGUUCAGAUGUUUAUUGGUGAUGGAGCAAAACUUGUCCGAGAUGCUUUCCAGCUAGCAAAAGAGAAAGCUCCAUGUAUCAUUUUUAUUGAUGAGAUAGAUGCUAUAGGAACCAAACGUUUCGACAGUGAAGUAAGUGGAGACAGGGAGGUUCAAAGAACUAUGCUGGAAUUAUUAAAUCAGCUUGAUGGCUUUAGCAGUGAUGAACGUAUAAAGGUGAUAGCUGCAACUAAUCGUGCUGACAUUCUUGAUCCUGCUCUUAUGCGUUCUGGACGUCUGGAUCGUAAAAUAGAGUUUCCCCAUCCAACUGAAGAGGCAAGAGCUAGAAUAUUGCAGAUCCAUUCGAGGAAAAUGAAUGUGCACCCUGAUGUCAACUUUGAAGAGCUGGCAAGAUCAACCGAUGAUUUUAAUGGAGCACAACUUAAAGCGGUUUGUGUUGAAGCUGGCAUGCUCGCCUUGCGUCGUGAUGCAACUGAGGUGACGCAUGAAGAUUUCAAUGAAGGGAUAAUUCAAGUUCAAGCAAAGAAGAAAUCCAGCUUAAAUUAUUACGCUUAGUGCCUGGCCUUCAAGGCUCCGUGGAAUCAUGACUCGGUGGAAUUGGGGAUUACGAGACAUUAAUUAUCAGUACUUUCUCUUCUGUUCAGUGUGCAGCAGCAAAGCGUACCUAAUAUCGUAGCAAUCUUCUUUAGUUUUUUAGAACUUACAAAGCAAAAAAGAAAAAAAAAAAGCAUUCAUUUAAUAAUAAGACAUGGUGUGUUAUGCUAUAAAUGAUACCUCGGUUUGUUGAAUUGAACUGGCUUGAGGUCCAAUUCCCCUAAGCGGCCGAAUAAGUUGAAACAAACUUUUGACUUGCAUA